UCUUUGCCAAAACAAAAUGAAAGCGCACGUGUGACUGUUUAUUAUUAUCAGAGAUUGAUUGAAGUAUAAAAUGCGCGAAACACCGCUUUCUACAUGUGAAAGAGAUUUUAUUCUCAGUGUUAUAGCCGAUAGGAAAAGAAUAGAUGGAAGACAGACAUAUGAUUACAGAAAAAUAAAAAUAGUAUUUGGAAUUGACAGAGGAUGUUGCAGCGUUGAAUUGGGAAAAACAAGGGUCUUAGCACAAGUAUCAUGUGAAGUAACAGAACCUCAACAGACCAGACCUACCGAUGGUAUUUUGUUUAUGAAUGUAGAGUUGUCUCCCAUGGCAUGUCCAAGUUUUGAAUCUGGCAGAUUAAGUGAUGAAGGUGUAGAAUUAAACCGUUUGUUAGAAAGAUGUAUUAAAGAAUCACGUUGUUUAGAUACAGAAUCACUGUGUAUUGUAGCUGGACAAAAGGUUUGGACAAUAAGAAUAGAUAUACAUGUGCUGAAUCAAGAAGGAAAUAUAUUGGACUGUGCCAGUAUAGCAGCCAUUACAGCUUUAGUUCAUUUUAGACGUCCUGAUGUAACGGUAUCGGGUGAGGAUGUUACAAUUCAUGAUUUAGAUGAUAGAGAUCCAGUACCUUUAAGUGUGCAUCAUAUGCCUAUUUGUGUUUCAUUUGCCUUUUUUGACCAAGGAAAAUUUUUAUUAGUUGAUCCAGAAAAUGGAGAAGAGAAAGUAAUGGAUGGUAAGAUGGUAAUAGGAAUGAAUAAACAUAGAGAAAUAUGUACAUUACAGAUAACUGGUGAUAUGUUAUUACUUAAAGAACAGGUAUUAAGAUGUUCUAAUAUAGCAGUGGUUAAAGUACAGGAAAUAUCUGAAUUAAUACAAACAGCUCUAGAGAAUGAUAAAACAGCUAGAUCAGAAGGUAGAAAGUAUGGUUUUGCUGAAUCUAUAGAAAGAGAACAAGUAACAACACAUCAUACUGAUAUAACUAAUGUAGACAUGGAAGACAUCACACAAACUAAAGAUGAAACAAUGGUUGAAGAAGACAACCAGGAACAAGAAAAUUCGGAAGAAAAUAAAGUAACCAUUCUAGAGAAAGGAACAGGUAUUGUAGGUGAAGGAGGCCGUAAUUCCUGGUUGAUCAGUGAUGAUGAUGAAGAUGUUAAGAUAGAACCAUCCAUACCUAACAAAUCAAAAAAACACAAACAAAAGGAAAAGAAAGAAGCUUAUUCAUUUGGUGAUGACAGUGAGGAAGAAGAAACAGUUGUUUUAGAUGAAUCAGAUUUACAUAUGAUUAAAAAAGUACCUGGUAGUUCAGAUAGUGUAGAUUUACAAUCAUUAAAACCUUCUAAAUCUACACCGGGUAAAAAGAAGAAGAAAAGAUAGCUACAUAAAAUUUAACAGAUUUGUAUUUUGUAAAUAAUAAUAAAACAAAUAUUAAAAAGGAAA